AAUUUCUCUUCCUUAACGGCUAACUCUUUCUCUCUCUCUCUCCAUCGCUCCUUCUUCCUCGCUUCUUUGCCCGAACACUAGGGUUACACAGACGCAGUUGCAGAAGCAGAUUUUUCCUCUUCUCGUCUCUCUGACUAGGGUUCUGGUCUGAGAUUCACUGGCGAGAUGAAGCACUUCAUGUUGCCGAGAAACCCAAUCUUGCGGGAUGUCGGAGAGCCGCAGUCGCCAAACCCUAGCGCAUUGAAAUCGAAGCCUCCGCGCAAGCAGAGAUUCGCCAAAGAGAACGCUCCUCCUCCGGAUCUGAACUCUCUGACACCCGAUCAUAGGUCGUCGCCGGCGAAGAUGAAGAGUCCGCUACCGCCGCGUCCGCCGCCGGCUAAUCCUCUCAAACGCAAGCUCAGCACGGAGGUCGGAUCGGAAAAUGCGAUACCUGGGCUUUUGGAUUCUGGCGUCAAGGUUAUAGUCAGAAUGAAACCUCCAAGCAAGGGCGAGGAAGAAGAAAUGAUAGUCCAGAAGAUCUCCAACGAUUCCCUCACAAUUAAUGGGCAUACUUUCACAUUUGACUCAGUUGCUGACCCAGAGACAACACAGGAAGAUAUAUUUCAGCUUGUCGGAGCCCCUCUUGUUGAGAACUGUUUGGCUGGAUUUAAUAGCUCUGUAUUUGCAUACGGACAGACUGGGAGUGGGAAAACCUAUACCAUGUGGGGUCCCCCAAAUGCAUUGUUAGAAGAGCACCUUACAGGUGACCAAAAAGGUUUGACACCACGAGUGUUUGAACAGUUAUUUGCCCGAAUCAAUGAGGAACAAGUUAAGCAUGCUGAAAGGCAACUCAGUUACCAGUGUCAAUGUUCACUUCUCGAGAUAUACAAUGAACAAAUAACAGAUCUUUUGGAUCCCAGCCAAAAGAACCUGAUGAUUAGAGAAGAUAUCAAAUCAGGUGUCUAUGUUGAAAAUCUGACCGAGGAGUAUGUGCAAAAUUUGAAGGAUGUGACACGGCUUCUAAUUAAGGGUUUAGCGAACAGAAGGAUUGGUGCUACAAGUGUGAAUGCUGAGAGCUCAAGAUCGCAUUGUGUAUUGACCUGUGUUGUUGAAUCUCGCUGCAAGAGUGCUGCAGAUGGUCUUAGCAGCUUCAAGACAAGUAGAAUAAAUCUUGUUGACCUGGCUGGUUCAGAGAGACAAAAAUUAACUGGUGCAGCAGGUGAACGUUUGAAGGAAGCUGGAAAUAUCAAUCGAUCCCUCUCUCAGCUUGGGAACUUGAUAAACAUUCUUGCAGAAGUCUCACAAACAGGAAAACAAAGGCAUAUACCCUACAGGGACUCCAGGUUGACGUUUUUAUUGCAAGAGUCUCUUGGCGGGAAUGCAAAACUAGCCAUGGUCUGUGCAAUUUCUCCUUCACAAAGUUGCAGGAGCGAGACCUUCAGUACCUUGAGAUUUGCUCAACGCGCAAAAGCGAUUCAGAAUAAAGCUGUUGUCAAUGAAGUAAUGCAGGAUGACGUAAAUUUUUUGCGCGAAGUGAUACGCCAGCUAAGGGACGAACUCCAAAGGAUGAAGGAAAAUGGAAAUAACCUGACUAACCCAAAUGGAGCAUAUUCCACUGCAUGGAAUGCACGCAGAAGUUUGAAUAUUUUAAGAAGUUUUGGCUUGGGUCAUCCAAGAUCCUUACCUCAUGGAGAUGAUGACGGUGAUAUUGAGAUGGAAAUUGAUGAAGAAGCCGUUGAAAAGCUCUGUGCUCAAGUGGGUUUGCAGUCAUCCCCAGCAGCAAAUCAGAGCAAUAAUGACAUGAGCAGAGUAGUGAGUAUAAAUUCAUCUUUACAAGCUGUGGCCCUUAAGGGUGAAAAUGACAUCAGCUCUCAAACUAUAUCUGAUUGUCAAUCAAUGAACGAGCAGCCCCCUGAGGAUACAGAUGGUACCAUGGAGGACGUGUGUUGCCAAACUGGGAAUCAUGAACCAGCAACAAUUGAUACUGUGAAAACUGUAACAGACACCGGUGUCACAGCGGAUGAGGUCGAUGCAAUCGUGCAAGAUAUCCAUUCAGACACGGUCGAAGAUGUGGCAUCACACCCAGGAUUGGUUUCAGAAGCUGUUUCUGCAAAUGAGGCUGAUGGAUCAAAUGAUGCACGGCUUGUUUCAGUAAAGUCAGUAUCACCUAGUCUUAGCGUGGACCCAGCUAAUGUUUCUCCUGUGUUAAAAUCUCCAGUUCUGAGUGUCUCGCCGAGGAUUAGAAAUAGCAGGAAAAGCCUGAGGACAUCAUCAAUGUUGACAGCUUCUCAGAAGGAUACAGAGGAAGAUAACAAGUUAACUACAGGGUCUCUAGAAUCAUCUCAGGCAACAUCCACAAAGAUCGAAAAUUUGUCCAGUACAUUGCCUACACAUAAAAGUAGAGUUUUUCCUGUACCAACAGAGCAUUUGGCUGCUAGCCUUCACAGAGGCAUUGAACUUCUUGAGUCGUAUCGCCAGAGUACAGCACAAAGGCGUUCAGCAUUCAAGUUUUCCUUCAAAGCUCCAGAAUGUAUGCCUUCCACCAUUAUAAGUAAGGCUGAUGUAGGUGUCCAAACCUUCCCUGAAGUUGAUAUAGUGCCAGUGGAGAACACAGAAGAAGUUCUGUGCAGUAAAUGCAAAGGUAAAGCACAAUGUGAUGACCAAGAAACCAGAGAGACUUCAAAUCUUCAGUUAGUGCCUGUUGGUAACUCAGAAGCUAUGGAAAAAUCGAAGACCCAAGUUCCCAAAGCGGUGGAAAAGGUUCUAGCAGGGUCUAUCAGGAGAGAAAUGGCUCUCGAAGAGUUCUGUACUAAGCAAGCCUCAGAAAUAUCACAGCUUAAUCGGCUGGUGCAACAAUACAAACAUGAGAGAGAGUGCAGUGCCAUCAUAGGACAAACGAGGGAGGAAAAAAUUGUUCGCCUUGAAAGCCUCGUGGAUGGUGUGUUAUCUAAAGAGGAUUUCCUGGAUGAAGAGUUUGCGUCUCUCAUGCAUGAGCAUAAGCUUCUGAAGGACAUGUAUGAGAAUCACCCUGAAGUGUUGCAGACAAAGAUUGAAUUGAAAAGAGCGCAAGAAGAGCUAGAAAGUUACAGAAACUUUUGUGGUGACAUGGGAGAAAGGGAAGUAUUGUUGGAAGAGAUUCAGGAUUUAAGGACCCAACUACAAUGUUACGUUGACCCUUCUUUAACAUCAGCUCGGAAAAGAUGUUCACUGCUUAAGUUGACAUACACCUGUGACCCAAAUCAGGUUCUGCCACUUCAUCCAAUUCCUGAAUCUUCAGAUGAGAGUCCUGAGAAAAUACUAGAAGAGGAGAGACUUUGUUGGAUUGAGGCAGAAAGCAAGUGGAUUUCUCUUACCGAGGAACUAAGAACCGAGCUCGAAACCAACAAAGCACUAAUGAGAAAGCAGAAACAUGAACUGGUAACCGAGAAAAGAUGUGCAGAUGAGUUGAAGGAAGCAAUGCAGAUGGCGAUGCAGGGGCAUGCACGCAUGCUUGAACAAUAUGCAGACCUGGAGGAGAAGCAUAUUCAAUUGCUCAUAAGGCAUAGAAAGAUUCUAGAUGGGAUGGACGAUGUUAAAAAAGCAGCGGCCAGAGCGGGAGUAAGAGGAGCUGAGUCUAGAUUCAUAAACGCCCUUGCAGCUGAAAUCUCGGCAUUGAAGGUGGAAAGAGAGAAAGAGAGACAAUACUUCAGGGAUGAGAACAAGAGUCUCCAGUCACAACUGAGGGAUACAGCUGACGCUGUACAGGCAGCAGGAGAGCUGCUUGUUCGGCUUAAAGAAGCUGAAGAAGGAUUGGCUACUGCACAGAAUCGGGCAAUGGAAGCUGAAUCCAAAGCUGCAGAGGCGUAUAAACAGAUUGACAAGUUGAAGAGGAAACGAGAAGAAGAAGCCAAACUCAUUGCAGAAUCUCAUGUGACCAAAGAAGCCGCCUCUCCUACAGCUUCAUUCAACGAUCAUGUCAUCGCCAAAUACGAUGAACCAUCAUCAAGUGAAGGGGACCAGAGAUGGAGAGAAGAGUUCAAACCAUUUUACGAAGGGGAUGCUGAGCUGGCAAAGCUGGUCGAACCCUCUUGGUUCUCCGGCUACGACCGCUGCAACAUAUAAAAGAAUCCCUUGGUAGUCAAGUCAGAGUUCUUUUCAUGUAUUUAGUGUGUCUAAAAACGCCAUUCUACAGUCUAUAUGUACCCUUUUUGUUCGAUUUUCUUGGGGUGGAGUCUGAUGUCUGUAAGAGAUUUGUUUUUACACGAAUAAUGGUAAAUUUCUGUUUGCUAUUCAA